AUGAAAAUGAAGCAUUUCAAAAACAGAAAGAAGAGACUGAGAUAUUCCAAGAGACUGAGACUGUACAAGAUUCAAAAGAAGUUAAGACUCAAAUUGAAACUGAAAACAAAGAAUAUACAAACGACACAAACAACUCUUGACAAAGAAAUUCAGUUCAACUAUCUUGUACCAUCACAAGAUAAUUUGGAAGGUCUGAGUGAGUCCCAAAUUGCAGGGAAGAAGUUGUUCUUAGUUCAAGGAGACAAACCUCAACUGAUGAACUGGGAGGAGUAUGGACUGAGGAUUAGUGUAGCAGAGGAUAGUCUAUCAGCCUCAGAGACUGUAGAAGUAUCAGUACUAGCUCUUGUAGGAGGACACUUCAAGUUUCCUGAUAAUACUAGACUAGUGAGUGCAGUGUAUGCAAUAUCAACCAGUCCACUCCUCAAGUCACUGAGGAUAGAAAUGCAACACUGUAUUGAUCUCAGUGAUCCUUCUUUAUCCAAGUAUCUUAAAUUUGCUGUUGCUCCAGUUCACACAGCUAGUCUUCCUUACCAGUUCUCACUAAUUGAAGGAGGGGAGUUUCCAGCAUACCAGAGAUAUGGAUGGAUUGAACGAAGCAAGUUCUGUCAAUUAGCUAUUGUUGGGGAGGAAGAAGAGGAAAAUGGAGGAGGUAGGAAUGAGGAGAGGAAUGGAGAGGAAGAUGGAGACUCAGGAGAUGAGGGAGGGAAAGGAAAGGGAGAGACAAGAGGAGGAGAGGGACAAGGAGAGUAG